AUGACUAGAAUCUUUCUCACCGGCGCUUCUGGGUACAUUGGAGGAGAUGUCCUCCACUUGCUGCUCAAGUCGCACCCCGAAUAUCAUGUCCGAACCCUGAUCCGAGACGAGACCAAGGGAGCCGCUGUUGCCGAUGCAUUUAGUCAGGUCGAAAUCGUGCACGGUAGUCUAGACGAUACAGACAUUAUCGCCAGAGAGGCCCACGGAGCCGACAUUGUGCUGCAUCUUGCGGCUACCGGGCACCUGGAAAGCGUCCAAACCAUAUACGAAGCUCUUUCGAACAAGCCCAAAGGCUCCAAGUCGCCAUACUACAUUCAGAUCUCAGGCGCAAGUCUACUCGCGGCUGGUGAACUUGCUGACAAGGUGAGGGUUUUUGGCUCUGGCAGUGAUGUCAUCUACAAUGACCUCACCGGCGUCGAUUCCAUCAAGUCGUUCAUCAAGCAAUACCCCAAUCGCGCCGUGGAUAACUACAUUCUGUCGGUGAAUGAAAGGGAUUCGCCUGUCAAAACUGCCCUUGUCAUUCCUCCUAUCAUUUACGGUCAAGCCCGUGGUCCAGGCAAUCAGCGUAGCAGGCAGAUCCCAGACCUUGCCAAUGCUACACUGAAGCGCCAGCGAGGAUUACAGGUUGGUACUGGUGAAAGCCGAUGGGGCAACAUCCACAUCCAAGACCUGAGCCGCAUCUUUCUACGAUUGGUUGAGAAGGCGAGUGAAGGUAACCAAGACGAUAAUAUUUGGGGCGCGAAUGGCAUAUUCUUUACUGGUGCAGGGGAAAUGUCAUUCAGCGACAUAUCGCGACGAGUCGCUACAGCUGCACACGACUUCAAUCUCAUUCCUAGCAACGCAGUAGACCAAGUCGAUGCAGACGAAAUGGAUCAACUGAUUCCUCGCGGAUCAGUACUGCUGGGGACUAAUGCGCGUGCUAGAGCUAACAGAGCCAAGGCAACACUUGACUGGGAACCAGAGAUGGAGAGCUUGGAAGAACAUAUCCCACAGGCCGUCAUUAACGAAGCGCGAGCACUUGGCAUGAAGGGUAAGAACUUGUUCUGA